UUGUCUUUGUCUGGCAGCUGAAGAAUAAGACCAGUACUUGUGGCUAAUCCCAUUUUUUCUUCAAGGAAUAUAUAGGAGGUAACUGUGAUCCAAGAUGUGUGAUCAAGAGCUAGAAGUAGAAGUUAUCGAGGAGAUUCUGGAGGAAGAGGCAGAGACGCAGCAAGAGGAAGAAGAAGCUGUUCCUGAAGUCGAAGAACCCCCGGUUUCAACAGCUGAAGAGCCUGCAGAAGACGCCGAGUCUCCAGCUGUGGAUGAAGAUAUGACAGAUGAAUCCAAACCUAAACCAAAGCUGUUUGCACCACCGCUGACUGUGCCAAAGAUACCUGAGGGAGAAAAAGUCGACUUUGAUGAUAUCCACAGGAAGCGUCAGGAGAAGGAUCUGACUGAGCUGCAAUCUCUGAUCGAGGCCCACUUCAUUCAGAGAAAGAAGGACGAGGAGGAGCUCAUCGCUCUCGUUAACAGGAUUGAGAAGCGUCGUGCUGAGAGAGCUGAGCAACAGAGGAUCAGAACCGAGCAUGAGAAGGAGCGGCAGAAUCGGCUUGCUGAAGAAAAGGAGAGGAAGGAACAGGAAGAGGCCCGCAGGAAGCAGGACGAGGACGCCAAGAAGAAGAAGGCUCUCACAAACAUGACUCAGCAGUACUCUGGCUUCCAGCAGAGGCAAGACGGAAAGCGGGGAGCGAAGAAGCAAACGGAGAGAGAGAAGAAAAGAAAGAUCCUGGCGGAGAGGAAGAAACCUCUCAACGUCGAGCGUCUCAACGAGGACAAACUGAAGGAGAAGGCCAAUGAGCUCUAUCAGUGGCUGUGGAUGCUGGAGGCUGAGAAGUUUGACUUCACCAAGACACUGAUGAGACAGAAAUAUGAUAUCACUCUGCUCCAGGUUCGUGUUCAGAACAGCCAGAGCGCCAAAGGGAGAGGAAAGGCCAAGGGCAGAGUGAGAUAGAUGGAAACGUCGACAUAUAUUCUCAGAGGAGCCAUCUCACCACGAGUGCCCGUGUUGGAAUUUGUUCUCAAUCUGCACUUCAGUAAUCUCAGUUUUGUGCCUUUUAGCCCUUAGCCUUUACAAACAAUAAACAGACUUGUGCUUUUA